AUGUUCUCUCGAUUCUUUGUCCUUGUCUCUUUGGCCGUCAUGCUGGCAAGCCAGGCAACUGCUAGCCCAGUUCCCAUCAUGAAGCGUGACUUGGUCGAGCGUAAUGCCCAGCCUCUCGAUACGAUACCUGCCUACAUCAGACGAAGCAACGUCCAAGAGCAAGAUGCAGCAACUGCCCCCGAUGGUGUGAUCCGCAAAUACGGGACCCGAAGCAAUGUCCAAGAACAAGAUGCCGCCACAGCUCCCGAUGGCGUUAUUCGUAAAUAUGGCACUCGCAGUAAUGUUCAAGAGCAGGACGCUGCGACCGCUCCGGACGGUGUUAUCCGCAAAUAUGGCACCCGAAGCAAUGUUCAAGAGCAAGAUGCCGCUACAGCUCCGGAUGGUGUCAUCCGUAAAUAUGGCACCCGAAGCAAUGUUCAGGAGCAAGACGCUGCCACAGCCCCAGACGGUGUCAUUCGUAAAUACGGCACUCGCAGCAACGUCCAAGAACAAGAUGCGGCUACGGCACCUGAUGGUGUGAUCCGUAAAUACGGCACGCGAAGCAACGUUCAAGAGCAGGAUGCGGCCACAGCUCCUGAUGGUGUGAUCCGCAAAUACGGCACUCGCAGUAACGUCCAAGAACAAGAUGCAGCAACUGCCCCCGACGGUGUCAUUCGUAAAUACGGCACUCGCAGUAGUGUGCAAGAGCAGGAUGCUGCCACCGCUCCUGAUGGCGUAAUCCGCAAAUAUGGUACCCGUAGCAAUGUUCAAGAGCAGGACGCUGCCACUGCUCCAGACGGCGUUAUCCGUAAAUAUGGCACUCGCAGUAAUGUUCAAGAGCAAGACGCCGCGACUGCUCCUGAUGGUGUGAUCCGUAAAUAUGGCACACGAAGCAACGUCCAAGAGCAGGAUGCUGCUACUGCCCCCGACGGUGUCAUUCGCAAAUACGGUACACGAAGCAAUGUGCAAGAGCAAGAUGCGGCGACUGCCCCCGACGGCGUCAUCCGCAAAUAUGGGACUCGCAGUAAUGUGCAAGAACAAGACGCUGCCACUGCUCCCGAUGGUGUUAUACGUAAAUACGGUGCCUAA